AUGGCGGGAGAGGGAGAGGUGAAGCUAUUGGGGACACGUUCCAGUCCAUUUGUUCAGAGGGUGAAAUGGGUUCUGAAGCUGAAGGGAAUCGAUUACGAAGAGAUAGAACAAGACCUGAUCAAAAAGAGCCCUCUUCUCCUCAACUCCAACCCUGUAUACAAGAAAGUACCUGUCCUGCUUCACUUCCACAAACCAAUCUCAGAGUCACUGCUCAUCAUUGAGUACAUUGAUGAGACUUGGGAACAUAACCCUUUAUUGCCUAAGGACCCUUAUCAAAGAGCCAUGGUUAGAUUCUGGGCUAAGUUUAUUGAAGAAAAGGAGAGCUCGAGGGUAAGAAGUUCUUUGGAGGUAGACACCAUUGGGUACUUGGACGUUGUCUUCGGGUGGAUUGCUCCAUGGCUUGAAUUGUUUGAGGAGGUUGCAGGCGUCAAAGUGUUUGACCCUCUGAAGUUCCCCUGUUUGGAUACAUGGAUGGGUUGCUUUUUAGAGUUGCCAGUGAUCAAAGAGGGCUUACCACCAAGGGAUUUUUUGCUUGUCUGCUUUCAAAAUAUCCGCCAAUUUGUACUAGCUUUAUCUGCUCAAAAAUGA